AUGAGUUCUGCCAUGAAUGACAAAGCAUGUACGGGAAAAGUCAUCAGUUUUACUUGCUCAGCUGAUGCUAAUCCAAGAGUGACGUCAUACCAGUUGUUUGAGAACGAAAAGGCCAUUUUAAACACAAGUGCCUCGGGGACGUGGAGUAAGACUUUGAAGAUUGAAGGAGUGUUUGUCUACAAAUGUGUGGCUAACAACUCUCUAGGAUCAGAAUACAGCAUAAAUGUUCCUGUCACUGUCAAUGGUAAGCAAAUUAGUCGCUAACGCUUUUUUAGGAGUCUACCAUUAAGCAACAUAAUUUUUUGUAGACGUGCGUGAUCUUAAUUAUCGUGAUGUUUGUCAGGGGUUAUUAAGUUGACCAGAAUUACACGCACUGUACAUUGUAUUUUUUUGAAGUGAAAUGGUGCUUGUGUUAAAGUGUACAAGCUGGUCAUUAAUUACUUUUAAAAUCCUUCCACAUUGUCACUUUUCUUUUACAGUACCUUCUUCAAUUACCCAAAUAACACAAGAUCAGAAUGUAACCGAAGGUGACAAUUUAACUUUGACAUGUAAUGCAUCUGGAAUGCCUCAACCAAACGUGUCUUGGAUUAAGCCUGGUGGUCAGCGUCAGUAUGGACACAUGUUGGAGUUUACAAACAUUAACAGGAGUCAAGCGGGUGAAUACAAAUGUGAAGCCAGUAACGAGUGUCUUAAUGCAACAGAGACGGCAACUAUUGAUGUGCAGUGUAAGUACAUGUGAAAGUUAUUCAUUGUUACAUCUUGUUUCUUUUUUGCUCUCUGUCACAGUUUGCCAAUUUGCUUUUUAAUCAUUUAUUGAUGGAGAGACUUGUUUAUUCGUAGCUUCAGCAUCAGCCAAGGAAAGAGGACUACUCCUUGGCUACUUCAUUAUACGUAACUUGCAAAGGCCAAUGAAAUUGUAAUAUAAAUUGUCUCUUUUGUCCUUAGACAAACCAGAGAAUGUCCAGUUAAUGAGUUCUGCCAUGAAUGACAAAGCAUGUACGGGAAAAGUCAUCAGUUUUACUUGCUCAGCUGAUGCUAAUCCAAGAGUGACGUCAUACCAGUUGUUUGAGAACGAAAAGGCCAUUUUAAACACAAGUGCCUCGGGGACGUGGAGUAAGACUUUGGAGAUUGAAGGAAUGUUCGUCUACAAAUGUGUGGCUAACAACUCUCUAGGAUCAGAAUACAGCAUAAAUGUUCCUGUCACUGUCAAUGGUAAGCAAAUUAGUCGCUAACGCUUUUUAGGAGUCUACCAUUAAGCAACAUAAUUUUUGUAGACGUGCGUGAUCUUAAUUAUCGUGAUGUUUGUCAGGGGUUAUUAAGUUGACCAGAAUUACACGCACUGUACAUUGUAUUUUUGAAGUGAAAUGGUGCUUGUGUUAAAGUGUACAAGCUGGUCAUUAAUUACUUUUAAAAUCCUUCCACAUUGUCACUUUUCUUUUACAGUACCUUCUUCAAUUACCCAAAUAACACAAGAUCAGAAUGUAACCGAAGGUGACAAUUUAACUUUGACAUGUAAUGCAUCUGGAAUGCCUCAACCAAACGUGUCUUGGAUUAAGCCUGGUGGUCAGCGUCAGUAUGGACACAUGUUGGAGUUUACAAACAUUAACAGGAGUCAAGCGGGUGAAUACAAAUGUGAAGCCAGUAACGAGUGUCUUAAUGCAACAGAGACGGCAACUAUUGAUGUGCAGUGUAAGUACAUGUGAAAGUUAUUCAUUGUUACAUCUUGUUCCUUUUUUGCUCUCUGUCACAGUUUGCCAAUUUGCUUUUUAAUCAUUUCUUGAUGGAGAGACUUGUUUAUUCGUAGCUUCAGCAUCAGCUAAGGAAAGAGGACGACUCCUUGGCUACUUCAUUAUACGUAACUUGCAAAGGCCAAUGAAAUUGUAAUAUAAAUUGUCUCUUUUGUCCUUAGACAAACCAGAGAAUGUCCAGUUAAUGAGUUCUGCUAUGAAUGACAAAGCAUGUACGGGAAAAGUCAUCAGUUUUAAUUGCUCAGCUGAUGCUAAUCCAAGAGUGACGUCAUACCAGUUGUUUGAGAACGAAAAGGCCAUUUUAAACACAAGUGCCUCGGGGACGUGGAGUAAGACUUUGAAGAUUGAAGGAGUGUUUGUCUACAAAUGUGUGGCUAACAACUCUCUAGGAUCAGAAUACAGCAUAAAUGUUCCUGUCACUGUCAAUGGUAAGCAAAUUAGUCGCUAACGCUUUUUAGGAGUCUACCAUUAAGCAACAUAAUUUUUGUAGACGUGCGUGAUCUUAAUUAUCGUGAUGUUUGUCAGGGGUUAUUAAGUUGACGAGAAUUACACGCACUGUACAUUGUAUUUUUGAAGUGAAAUGGUGCUUGUGUUAAAGUGUACAAGCUGGUCAUUAAUUACUUUUAAAAUCCUUCCACAUUGUCACUUUUCUUUUACAGUACCUUCUUCAAUUACCCAAAUAACACAAGACCAGAAUGUAACCGAAGGUGACAAUUUAACUUUGACAUGUAAUGCAUCUGGAAUGCCUCAACCAAACGUGUCUUGGAUUAAGCCUGGUGGUCAGCGUCAGUAUGGACACAUGUUGGAGUUUACAAACAUUAACAGGAGUCAAGCGGGUGAAUACAAAUGUGAAGCCAGUAACGAGUGUCUUAAUGCAACAGAGACGGCAACUAUUGAUGUGCAGUGUAAGUACAUGUGAAAGUCAUCCAUGGUUACAUCUUGUUUCUUGUUUCUCUCUGUCACAGUAUAUCAAUUUGCUUCUCCAUCACUGUAUUGAUGGAGAGACUUGUUUAUUCGUAGCUUCAGCAUCAGCCAAGGAAAAAGGACGACUCCUUGGCCACUUCAUUAUAUGUAACUUGCAAAGGCCAAUGAAAUUGUAAUAUAAAUUGUUUCUUUUGUCCUUAGACAAACCAGAGAAUGUCCAGUUAAUGAGUUCUGCCAUGAAUGACAAAGCAUGUACGGGAAAAGUCAUCAGUUUUACUUGCUCAGCUGAUGCUAAUCCAAGAGUGACGUCAUACCAGUUGUUUGAGAACGAAAAGGCCAUUUUAAACACAAGUGCCUCGGGGACGUGGAGUAAGACUUUGAAGAUUGAAGGAGUGUUUGUCUACAAAUGUGUGGCUAACAACUCUCUAGGAUCAGAAUACAGCAUAAAUGUUCCUGUCACUGUCAAUAGUAAGCAAAUUAGUCGCUAACGCUUUUUAGGAGUCUACCAUUAAGCAACAUAAUUUUUGUAGACGUGCGUGAUCUUAAUUAUCGUGAUGUUUGUCAGGGGUUAUUAAGUUGACCAGAAUUACACGCACUGUACAUUGUAUUUUUGAAGUGAAAUGGUGCUUGUGUUAAAGUGUACAAGCUGGUCAUUAAUUACUUUUAAAAUCCUUCCACAUUGUCACUUUUCUUUUACAGUACCUUCUUCAAUUACCCAAAUAACACAAGAUCAGAAUGUAACCGAAGGUGACAAUUUAACUUUGACAUGUAAUGCAUCUGGAAUGCCUCAACCAAACGUGUCUUGGAUUAAGCCUGGUGGUCAGCGUCAGUAUGGACACAUGUUGGAGUUUACAAACAUUAACAGGAGUCAAGCUGGUGAAUACAAAUGUGAAGCCAGUAACGAGUGUCUUAAUGCAACAGAGACGGCAACUAUUGAUGUGCAGUGUAAGUACAUUGUAAAAUUUAUCCCUUUUUACAUUUUGUUUCUCGUUUUUCUCUGUCACCGUUUAGCGAUUUGCUUCUCUGUCAAUUUUUGAUGGAGAGACUUGUUUAUUCGUAGCUUCAGCAUCAGCUAAGAAAAGAGGACGAAUCGUUGCCUAUUUCGUAUUACGUAACUUGCAAAGGUCAAUGAAAUUGUACCCAUAAAUUGUCUCUUUUGUCCCUAGACAAACCAGAGAAUGUCCAGUUAAUGAGUUCUGCCAUGAAUGACAAAGCAUGUACGGGAAAAGUCAUCAGUUUUACUUGCUCAGCUGAUGCUAAUCCAAGAGUGACGUCAUACCAGUUGUUUGAGAACGAAAAGGCCAUUUUAAACACAAGUGCCUCGGGGAAGUGGAGUAAGACUCUGGAGAUUGAAGGAGUGUUUGUCUACAAAUGUGUGGCCAACAACUCUCUAGGAUCAGAAUACAGCAUAAAUGUUACUGUCACUGUAAAUGGUAAGCAAAUUAGUCGGUAUCGCUCUUUAGGAGUCUACCAUUAAGCAACAUAAUUUUUGUAUACGUGCGUGAUCUUAAUUAUCUUAAUGUUUGUCAGGGGUUUUUAAGUUGACAAGAAUUACACGCACUGUACAUUGCAUUUUGGGAGUGAAAUGGUGCUUGUGUUAAAGUGGACAAGCUGGUCAUUAAUUACUUUUAAAAUCCUUCCACAUUUUCACUUUUCUUUUACAGUACCUUCUUCAAUUACCCAAAUAACACAUGAUCAGAAUGUAACCGAAGGUGACAAUUUAACUUUGACAUGUAAUGCAUCUGGAAUGCCUCAACCAAACGUGUCUUGGAUUAAGCCUGGUGGUCAGCGUCAGUAUGGACACAUGUUGGAGUUUACAAACAUUAACAGGAGUCAAGCUGGUGAAUACAAAUGUGAAGCCAGUAACGAGUGUCUUAAUGCAACAGAGACGGCAACUAUUCAAGUGCAGUGUAAGUACAUGUGAAAGUCAUCCAUGGUUACAUCUUGUUUCUUGUUUCUCUCUGGCACAGUAUAUCAAUUUGCUUCUCCAUCACUGAAUUGAUGGAGAGACUUGUUUAUUCGUAGCUUCAGCAUCAGCCAAGGAAAGAGGACGACUCCUUGGCUACUUCAUUAUACGUAACUUGCAAAGGCCAAUGAAAUUGUAAUAUAAAUUGUCUCUUUUGUCCUUAGACAAACCAGAGAAUGUCCAGUUAAUGAGUUCUGCCAUGAAUGACAAAGCAUGUACGGGAAAAGUCAUCAGUUUUACUUGCUCAGCUGAUGCUAAUCCAAGAGUGACGUCAUACCAGUUGUUUGAGAACGAAAAGGCCAUUUUAAACACAAGUGCCUCGGGGAAGUGGAGUAAGACUCUGGAGAUUGAAGGAGUGUUUGUCUACAAAUGUGUGGCCAACAACUCUCUAGGAUCAGAAUACAGUAUAAAUGUUCCUGUCACUGUAAAUGGUAAACAAAUUAGUCGCUAACGCUUUUUAGGAGUCUACCAUUAAGCAACAUAAUUUUUGUAUACGUGCGUGAUCUUAAUUAUCGUGAUGUUUGUCAGGGGUUAUUAAGUUGACGAGAAUUACACGCACUGUACAUUGUAUUUUUGAAGUGAAAUGGUGCUUGUGUUAAAGUGUACAAGCUGGUCAUUAAUUACUUUUAAAAUCCUUCCACAUUGUCACUUUUCUUUUACAGUACCUUCUUCAAUUAUCCAAAUAACACAAGACCAGAAUGUAACCGAAGGUGACAAUUUAACUUUGACAUGUAAUGCAUCUGGAAUGCCUCAACCAAACGUGUCUUGGAUUAAGCCUGGUGGUCAGCGUCAGUAUGGACACAUGUUGGAGUUUACAAACAUUAACAGGAGUCAAGCUGGUGAAUACAAAUGUGAAGCCAGUAACGAGUGUCUUAAUGCAACAGAGACGGCAACUAUUGAUGUGCAGUGUAAGUACAUGUGAAAGUUAUUCAUUGUUACAUCUUGUUUCUUUUUUGCUCUCUGUCACAGUUUGCCAAUUUGCUUUUUAAUCAUUUAUUGAUGGAGAGACUUGUUUAUUCGUAGCUUCAGCAUCAGCCAAGGAAAGAGGACUACUCCUUGGCUACUUCAUUAUACGUAACUUGCAAAGGCCAAUGAAAUUGUAAUAUAAAUUGUCUCUUUUGUCCUUAGACAAACCAGAGAAUGUCCAGUUAAUGAGUUCUGCCAUGAAUGACAAAGCAUGUACGGGAAAAGUCAUCAGUUUUACUUGCUCAGCUGAUGCUAAUCCAAGAGUGACGUCAUACCAGUUGUUUGAGAACGAAAAGGCCAUUUUAAACACAAGUGCCUCGGGGACGUGGAUUAAAACUUUGGAAAGUGAAGGAGUGUUCGUCUACAAAUGUGUGGCUAACAACUCUCUAGGAUCAGAAUACAGCAUGAAUGUUCCUUUAACUGUAAAUGGUAAGCAAAUUAGUCGCUAACGCUUUUUAGGAGUCUACCAUUAAGCAACAUAAUUUUUGUAGACGUGCGUGAUCUUAAUUAUCUUAAUGUUUGUCAGGGGUUAUUAAGUUGACAAGAAUUACAUGCACUGUACAUUGCAUUUUAGGAGUGAAAUGGUGCUUGUGUUAAAGUGGACAAGCUGGUCAUUAAUUACUUCUAAAAUCCUUCCACAUUGUCACUUUUCUUUUACAGUACCUUCUUCAAUUACCCAAAGAACACAUGAUCAGAAUGUAACUGAAGGUGACAAUUUAACUUUGACAUGUAAUGCAUCUGGAAUGCCUCAACCAAAUGUGUCUUGGAUUAAGCCUGGUGGUCAGCGUCAGUAUGGACACAUGUUGGAGUUUACAAACAUUAACAGGAGUCAAGCUGGUGAAUACAAAUGUGAAGCCAGUAAUGAGUGUGGCAAUGGAACAGAGACGGCAACCAUUCAUGUGCUGUGUGAGUUUGUGGAUGGUUUAUUGCUUUUACUGUCGUUAUUUUGAACUUGAGAUCUUAAUCGGCGAACUUUAACAUUACCGCUUCGGAAAUCUGACAGCAUUCUAUCUGAAUUUGUAUCGGAAAUAAAACCCUUUAAUAUCUUAUGACUUUUUGAUGAUUUGUUCCUUUUAAAGAUACACCAAGAAUAACAAACAUUUCUGGUGAGCAGAUCGUGAAUAACGGUGACGUGGUGAGUUUGUUUUGUAUGGCGGAAGGUAAUCCAGCAACAAAGAUAACUUGGACAAAAGUUGCUGAUAAUAGUCAAGUGAACUUUCCUUUGACCAUCCGUGGUAGUCAGGAUGAAGGAAUGUACAGAUGUACAGCCGAGAAUGGUGUUGGAAGCCCUGUAACUAAGUUUGUCAACAUGACAGUACAUUGUAAGUGGUGUAGUUAUGGCAGUUAUGAUUGUCUUUUGUUUGAUCUCAAGCUUUUACAUAAUAUUGGCCCACAAUAGGUAUUGGUUCAGACUGAUACCUUAGUUUUGACAUAAAGAAAUUUUCAAUUGAGUGUCGAUUUUGGUUUUACGUAACUCAGCUCACUGAUUGGUCCAGCAAACUCGCGCCAUUCUCUCAACCAAUCAGAUGCAAAGCUAAAAUCAACCGCGACUUUGUCUUUGUUUUCCCGCGCCUCAAGAAGUCUGCUUGUUUUCAAUUCGUGAUCUCAUUGGCUAAUGAUAAUGUUAAUCGUAUUGGUCGUUGUGAUUAUAUUUGUUUUGGUUUUUCGACACACGAUUUAAAAUUGCUCCUGAGUAACAAAAUCACCAAAUCCUUUUUAGCUUCUUUUGAGACUCGUUUAGCUUCCUUUUGUUAUAAUUUAACAAACUUUUGUUGUUAAAUCAUAUACAUGCAUGUCUUUUGGUAGUGUUCUGGGCCCAGUUGUAUAAAGGUCAGAUAACGAAAUUCAACGGAUAAAUCGCUAUCCAGCGGAUAAGUAAUAGCAAAACGUGUCACACUAUCCACCGGACAGAGAUUUAUCCAGUGGAUAGCGUUGUCUAACCUUCGAACAACCAGUGCCCGGUAAGUGUCACAGAUACAUGCAUGUGUUGGUACGUUUGUGUUGAGAAAUUGUGGACAACAGUCAAGUCACCACUUAUCCAGAGUACAAUUAAAAAUCCAAAGGAAAUUCAACGGGUAAACUCUAACUUGUACAGUGCAGGUACAGGUAUAAACUAAUUCAAAGAGGGUUUAGGUAUAUGAUUCUAUGCUAAACUGCCUUUCUUAACCAGAGGACUACUAACUUUGAAUCUUUGUAAUGUGCCCCAUAGUUCCAGCUGCAAUUGUGGCCAUGGAUAAUCACACUGUCGUUAAGAAUGGAACUAUUGAACUUUAUUGUAAUGUGUCUGGAACGCCACCUCCUACUGUCUUAUGGACUCAUGUAAAAUCAGGCGAAACGUGGAACCAGAAAAAAUGGACUAUUAGCGAUAUCCAAGUGGAGGAACUUGGAGAAUAUAGGUGUAAUGCCAGCAACAAAUAUGGAGGAGAUAUCAAAAGUACCUUUAUCUUAUAUGAAGGUGGGUAAGUCAAGUUGAUAUGGGAGAUGCUUCGCUUACAGAAUGUAAAGAAGUUGUUUGCUGGUAUCGCUGGGUUACUAGUAAAUACAUAUUUGCAAUGAAAUUACUUGGAACCUGAUUGGCCCAAAUCAGGCAUGGGGAUUGCCGGUCUCUGAGUCCAACAUAUUUUUUCGAUGAUCACAGCUGUAAUAACUCAAAAAUAUUUUAUCUAUAAUGCAGACAUUCUGGAGAAAUUUACAGGUUCUUCCAAAACUCUGUCAAAAUUUUAAAAUCAAAUUACAACUCUAAACUGCUCCUUAAACUUAAAAUAGUUUAUUUUUUAUCAAUUUAGAGUUUUGUUUUGUUUUGUUUUGAUUUUUUCUUCUUGAAUAAAUUUAGCAUCUGUACCUCCCCUAUGAUUUUUACUGUCUCCAACGAACUUAAGCAUAUUUAGAACAUGGAAAUUUAAUUUUUUCGUGAUUUUCAACUCUCAUUCUUUACAGGUGGUUUUUGUGAAAAACAAUGUACUGAUGGGAAAUUGUGUCUUAAGUUUGGAGCCACAUACUUUUGUAUCUGUCCUGAAGGGAAAAGAGGAGAAAAGUGUGAGAAAACAGGUUGGAACAACUUUUAAAUUUGUUGCAGAGAAAAAGCCACUCCCGUUGCGUUUGAUUCAUUUUGCCAUCUUCCCAACCUUAAAUUAAGUGCUUGUACAGUUUAACUAUACUCUUCUUCUACCGAUAUCUUAGUUUUACAUGCGGUUGUGCCUAUGUAUUUAAUGAUACCUCGCAUGAAGAUCAUCGUUUUAGAAACUUGUGAAUACCUGAUAUAUAUGCUACAUUUACGUAGACAGAUAGACUGAUUAUUCAGACUUGAUGCUGGUCUCUAAUGAAUCAGUCUUUAAUACUCCAAAGCACAGACUUAAACUUAGCUCAACGCAUACUUUGAAAAUUGAUGUUGGUCCCUAUUGAAUCGGCCUUUAACCUUCCAGAGGAUAGACUUACAUUUAGCCAUACGCAUAUUCAUUUAAAUUUUGUGCAUUUGUUGUUUUUUUUUUUGCGACCACAUGCCCAGUGGAAACCAAAUUGCCUCUCUUCUUGCUUUUAGCUAAGUAGUGGUAUUUCGGCAACGUGGAUAAGUUCGUUCGAUUUGUCUGCUGUGCAAAGCUUUAAGAUAAACUGAAGGUCUUCGAGAUUUUAUCCCCUUUUCAGGCGUUAUUUUUCGUUUCGCUUCUUGUAAUGUUCAUGCUUCUCUUGCUCCCAACAGAUACACCUAAGAAAGACUUUGAUGUCGGACUCAAACUCAAGGGAGAGUUCAAACAAGAGUAUGAGAACUUGGAAAAUCCAGAGACAAAAAUGCUUGUCAAAAAGAUUGAAAAAAAUGUGAGUGCUUUGGUAAAAAUAAUUAUGAUUAACUUGAAGUUAGUAUUGUAAUAUUUUAAGGAAAGAAAGAAUUAUUUUGGAACACAGCCCAUUGCAUAUCAUGAUUUAAAAUAGUUUAGUAAGGUGUACGUAUGCACCAGGCGACUGCAAGGCCCCAUCCGAUUUCUACACGGACACCUUCUCACUCAGAAUUAGGCGAAGUGUGGUGCUUUUCAUUUAUAAAUUAAUUUUUCUUGUAUUGGGAUAAAAAUAUAUUUUGUAUUAAGGGCUUCGCUCUUAAUGUCGUUUUAAAACAUCAGAUUGGGGCAUAAAUUUCUCCUUGUCAGUACAUAGAAAGUAGAGAACAUAGAAAUGGAAUUUUUUUUUCCAGAUGAUGGAAGAAUUCAAAGGCACUGGUCUCACUAGCGUUAAGGUGCUCAAUCUGAGGUAAUACGUUUUCAAACUUGUGUACGUUAAAUCAGAAACUUCCAGGUUAAUUUUGUUCAUCGUGUAGUCUUUGCGGUACUGAUGCACAAGAAGCGCUGAGGGCGCAAACCAAUCAUUAUUUUUGCGUCAUAAGAUUAUAAACUGACCGAACUAUAAUCUCUUUCUUAACUUACAUGUCGUACAGGGGAGUACGUGUGAUGCUGGAUUAUUUAUAGAUCACUUAGAACGUCCUUCUAAAAGCUGCACUAUAAUUUGCGAGUAAUAUGUCGCAACUCAAUGUAUCGAACAGGGUUUAUUAAGAAUUACAGUGAGCCAUAUGUGUACUUAAGACGCCCAAGAUAAUGAGCUGUUCUGGAGAACAAACCUUUUGAUAAUAUUUUGAUAAUAAUCUACAGUUUGUGAGCCAGAUCCUCCUGGUGAUUUUUGUUGUUUUAAGAUUAAAAUAAAUUUAAAAUUCACGAAGAAUUUUUUUGAAGACAAGAUUAUGACAUGGCUCAUGCCAUCAUCAGUUUAUUGUGUUGUAUCAUUUAACUUAUAUUUUAGACGUUACAUAAACAGUAUGCCAUCCGUUUUAAUCGGUAGUUCAAUUGGUACCGUUACAAUAGUUUAAGUAAACACUCGUGCGCGCAAAUGUAACACUUGGAACGUUAACUUAUUUUUUUCUAUUUUUUUGGAAGUGAAGAGAAGUUAUUUUGCAUCUGAGUAUUCAGCUCAGGUUUCAAGCGGCUCAUGUGCAAUGCCUCCUUAAUUUUAUGCAAUGAGUUGUUUUGGCUGAGUCUAGAAUGUUAAAUCACUCAGCUGAACAUUUUUGACCUAGAACUAGGAAGAGCACUCAACUGCUUGUGAACACGUUUUACGAUUAAAAUGAAAUAUCAAAAUUUGAGUAUUGAAAGGAUGGAAGGCAAGAUUGGAAGGAGGAGAGCUAGAAUGUUUAUCGAGGAAGUCCAGGUUUAAAUUGCAGCGCCUAAACACAUUACUAUUUAUUUGCCUUUUUAUCUAAAAGCGUUUGACUUCUUGCUUACCUCUCAGGCAAGGAAGUAUCAUUGCUGACUUGAAACUAACAUUUAACGAUUCUGUCGGAGAAAGUAGUGUAAAUGCAUUGCUGACACAGGCAGCGAAUAGGGGAAAAAUUGGUGAUAUGGAAGUUGAAGAGAUAAGCGUUGGAAAAACUUUCCCAGGUUAGUUCUUUUGUCUUCGUCAAUCGCUGCUGUUUUGGAGAUCACGGCACUUUGCUUAGUUAUUCUCUAUUAUCUGACAAAGCCAGAUUUUUGGAGACACAGUUGAUGACUUUGUACUCUGAAAGCUAACUUUUUGAGGUGUUUUGAACUAACUCAGAGUUUAUCAUUUCCUCUCGCCGGCUUAACUGCAUUUGGAAUUACUACCUUAAAGACCCGUAAUGAUGAGUGAAAAUGUGCCUGGGUGGCUAAGCAUUUAAAACUGAUUGAAAUGAGGCUUUUUUUUGUAUGUUUGUAUGUAUGUUUCAGAGCCAACUACAACUUCAGUACCACCCGAGGACUGUGGAACCUUCUUUGAGGGAGAAGAUUGUAAAAAAGGUAGGGAUUAAUUUUUUUUCCAAAAUCAACCUAUUGUGUGAGAAUAUUAUGUUAGUGAUAGUGUUUAGUAGAUUUUAGUGAAAGGGGAGAUGGCCAUGAUCUCGGAGCGGAAUCACGAAAGACAAGAUUGGCAUGUAAAUUGUCAACUAUUAUUUUAAUGAUAUAGCGUACUGAUUGACCAAUCAGAGGGCGCGUAUUUCUUUAAUCACGUUGGUGAUUUCACUCAAAAAGACAUUCUCACCGAUUGUAUAACAAGUUCAAAUGAUUGCAAGCUUAUAACGUUUUCCAAACUUUUUUAUGUUUUCCAAAAUAGUACAUUUUUGGAUAAAUCAACGGUUUUUCUCUGCAUGUUUUGCUAAUCUCUUGAAAAAUCAAUAGUCAAAUUUUGCGAAUAAAAAAUUAAAAUGAAUUCAAAGUUUAUGUUUUCCUCUGCAAGAUUUAGUAUUUCCGUAACAAAGUUUGUGUUAAUGGUCAACUAUGAAAAUAUGUAUAAGGUACUUCGUUUAAAAUUGUUCAAAAGACUGAAAUUGUGUCGCAGAAAUUCUGCGACCCCUCGUGCACUGGAUGUCGCAGAAAUUCUGCAACCACUCAUGCAGUGGGUGUAGCAGAAAUUCUGCUACUACUCAUACACUGGGUGUGGCAGAAAUUCUGCAACUACUCGUACACUGGGUGUCGCAGAAAUUCUGCGACACAAUUUCAGUCCUUUGAACAAUUUUAAAAGAUUUGUAUGUGUCAUGAAUAGAGCACAAAUAUAUCAUUUAAAUCUUGCAUUGACUUGCAUUGAAAUCACAAGGGAAAUUAAUUCUCAACUGUCUAAUGAAAGCCUUAGACCCUUCACUAUCCAGAGGAAAAAUGCUAAAUUGACAGAAUCACAGAUUUUAAUUAAUAUCUCCACCAAUGUUUACAAUAGGGAAUUAUGCUACAUGUGUAUCUCAAUUAAAAGGGCAAAAAUAAGCUUUUAGAAAAAGUGAUCCUCUUUCUCAGUUGGCUGCGACUGCUUCCAAAAUAAGAAAAAUCAAACCGUGCAAUGUUGCCUAAUAAGUCACAAAAUUAUGAAAGGGAAAGUAUGCGGUAGACCCACUCUACAAAGCCAUUUUGAGGGCGCCAUCUGGUUUUUGCCGGGUUCUACACUGAAAACAACGACGGACUCUAAAAUCUGGUCAACUCUUGUCGCUGUUCUCAACCAUUUCUCGAAAAUAAUCGGUGUCGAAUCUUUGAAAGAUAUUCCUUUGCUGGACCCUUUGGAGUAUCACCUCCUGAGAGGAAACUUAAGGUAUGAACAAACUGGUGCAUCUUUAAGGGUUUAUACAUGACUCGUGAUUAAGACCAAAAUUAAAUACGACGCGUGAAUUUUAUUGAAAGGUUAACGUUAUUCGUGAAUUUAUGAAACUGUGUAAGGCGAGAUUUGAUAUCCUGAAGUAUACUUGAACCCUGAAGUUUUUGUUUUGAUGUUGUUGUUGUUGUUUUUUUUCCCAUUACGUGAAAACCUCAAGAUUUCGAUAAACCUUGCACACAAGAUGAGAAAUUAGAAAAUUUCCCUUUUAUAUCCGUGACGCGUGAACUGAUUUUUCGAAAAUUCGCCAGCAAUACCUUAACGGUCCUCUUUCAGCUCGAAUUAUUUCCAAAGAAUUCCAGGGGUGCGUUCCAAUUUGUUUCAGUAAACUCAUGGCCAAUGCUAUUUUGGAAAACACAAAAUAGUUUGGAAAGCGUUUGAUAUGAUACACACUCUGUUUUCUGUACCUUGCGCUCACUGCGAUGACAUCAUGAUAAAAUUAGUGAUCAGGUACCCUGGAUGGUGUAGUGAUGAGAGAGCUUGCCUGUGGCCUGGGUUUGAUUCUCGGAAAGUCUUGGUAGUUCCCAUUCGACAAACAGGUUUUAUUGUGUUUGCUGUGUUCACAUUCAACAUCGAGGUAUAUAAAAAGUGUAAUUCGAACAGCUAAAAUUUCGGGAAAUUUUUCCGCUAGUAGCCUCAUUAUUAAUCCAUAAGUUUUGAUUUUAAUCAAAGUUUCGAGCCCGUUUUGUUAACGUGACUAUCGAGAAACCGGAACCAAGUUUCAUUUUUUUGUUAAAAGUUUCGUUCGCUCUAAUUCUGGCGAGGAUACUUCUCCUCGUUCUCCUUCCUCCAAUCCCCACGUCAAACUCCAAUAUGGGAUAUGAGAUAUGAGCAUGGGAAGGGCUCCCAUGCUCAUAUCCACUCGGAACUUGAUGGAAUUUGAUAAUCAUUUUAUCAAUUUUCUUGUAAGAUUUAUUGGAGUUUAUUACGUCCAUUUUGAAAUCACUGGUGGUCCUGGUCGGCGCGAUUUAUUUACGCAUCGCACUAUUGUUUGCUCUAAAUCGCAUCUUUUCCUAGUCAAUGAGAAAGCUUUCCUAAAACGCAACAACCAAUCAGAUUUCAUGGCUUGUUUAAAGUAACCAAUCAAAUGGCAACAAAAUAAGAAAGGCAACAAUGAAUCAUCUACAAACCAAUCAUUAAAAGUAACCAAUUAAAUCGCAACAAAAUGAAAGGCAACAUUGAAUCAUUUACAAACCAGCUCAGUACUGCGUCAGUUGAAUAUUGGUUACAUUUUGCGCUUCAUAAACGGAUGUAAUAGAGCUGCAAUUGAACUCCGUGUUGUGCAAUCUUAGUUGUGAUUUCAAAUGACGGGUAUGAUUUCAGACCAAAUUGCACUCCAUUCACUUCAAUUACAAUUAUAAACUGUGCUAGGCCAUAUAACUCCAUGCUAUUUAUUCGUGAUCUUUUCCAGCGAAGCCUGGUUUGAUUGUACUCUGUGUGAUUGGAGGUGUGGCAGUUUUGGCAAUCAUCGUAGCAAUAAUAGCUUACGGUUUGCACAAGAAAAAAUCAAACGUUGCAUCCUUUUCAAAUGGUAAGCUUAUCAGAAUUCUUUUUUUUUUUUUUCUAGCGGUGAUUUUUUUAUUUAUUUACUUUUUACUUUUAUCAUCAUUUCUGAUGAUGGUGUUUCUCUCUCUCUCUCUCUCUUUUUUUUUUUUGAGGGGGGGAGAGGGUAGAGGAAAAGUUAUACUUUUUUAUUCCCUGGAGAAAUAAUUCGGUACCGGCAAUCUGUUUGAGAUUUGGAACAAAAUGCCAGAAAUCGGACAAACGUGAGUGUUCCUAAGGGGAAAUUAGUUCUAAUAAUCUAACUGGGAUAGAAACAGCUGGUAAAAAUGGGUAACAAAUUGUUUUCUUUUCCGAUUCGUUUGGGUUGUUCCACGAUGCCGAAACUGUAAUAAUGGAUGCCACAGAAUUUUGAAAAAUAAUAAUUAAAAAAAAAAAUGAAGGGAGAAAAAAAAAAGAAACAGAUCAAUUCUGUUCUGGAAGUAGAAAUGACCGUUUUUGUUUUUGUUUUUGACUCGUAGGUAACUAUACACCAAGGGUCGCUCCACACGGGUGAGACAUUUGUGUUGGAAAAUGAUUUAUAAUGUAUAGUUGCCGCAAUUUUUGUUAAAUACGCAGUAAUGGUAAAAACUGAAAUCGUUGUGCUCUUUUGUUAUGUAAGCCUGCUAAAGCAAAGCAAGCGCUCUUUUAGGCCGUUAGCAAGAUCACAGGCUGCGAUAUAUUUUAGGAGGCGUUUGAUCAAAGGUUCCUCUUCAUAUACGUACAUACAAACAAACAAGUCAACACCCCCCCUUCCCCCCUCAAAAAAAAAAAAAAAGAAAAAAGAAAAAGAAGAUUGAGCGACGAGUUUAACGUAACAAUCGUUUUAACGUAAGACUGAAGACCACCUUGGGUUAAUUAUCUCUAUUUUUGGUCUUGUUUUUCUACCAACUUUCCCGUUCUUGACAUUUUGGAUUGAACUAAAAGGUUAGGGAAUUAGGGACUUUAUUGUUGUGAGAAAGGAAUGCUACAAUUAAAAGAACAACGUAAACUUACAGGUACAUGGUAACUUGUGAUAGGGACAGUCACCUUCGAUAUGGCUCCGGCCUUGGCUUUCUGUGAGAUUCUUUGUCUAUUUCGUAGCUUUUCUUGAUAUGAAUUGUGAAAGUCAAAUACAUAUGAAUCUUCUAUAUAGUCAAUUUCCAUAAAUCUUCUAUCCUAAGUCAGUAACAUACGUGGACUUUUGACGACGAAAAAUUAAUUUCACUAGUUUAUAUAUAUAUAUAUCAACUUGCCUCUUUUUGGUAUGAUAGCACUGCUGGUUCAGCGGAGAGGACUCCUCAAGGGAACAAUUAUGGAAAUGUGAAUUCAGGAUACGAGUAUGACAAAACGAAUGGCCAGAACCACUCCACUGAAAUGGUAACAUUCAAGGGGACAAAUCCAGCGCAGACUCCUGGGAUUGCAAUCAACGACUCCAGUAUGACAAAGGUAAGGCAAGCUCAAAGUCAUGUAGGUUCUACUUUUGUUGCCCUAUGUACAGCACUAGUUACUUCAAUCUCAUAUUCGUGAAAAAGUUAAUCAUAGUGGAUCCUUUUUUGGUUUAUUUCAGUUUUUUUUUGUGACUGUGUGUGUUCUCCCACCUUGAACAACAAUUAUUUCAAGACUCAUAUUUAAAAUGCCGUAACUUUGCGGUGACCUACUUAUUCCCACGUCUGGUACACUACUCAGGGAUGUCAUAAAGCCUCUACUGCACGCUUUUCACUCCGAAACUCAUGUUUCAUUCGUAUUCAACUAAAAUCAUAAUUUGCAGUUCAUUUUGCAACAAACGCAUAAAUUGAGCCAUGAAAUGAUAACGCAUUAACUUACUUCUAGCGCUAGUCUAGUGUCAAAACAAGCCUGGAAAAGUUGUCGUGUCCGGAAAAUUUAAGCAAUCAAUAAUCAAUGAAUCAAUCAACGUUGUGCAACCGCAUAUUACAAUUCUCGUGAAUGCUUUUUAAUGUUAACUAAACUUCAAGCUGACUUUGAAAACUUAAAAUGGCUAAUGAUAGUAGCCAUCUUUAGAUAAUAAGAUAUGCCCAAGACUAACGCUUGUGUGGUCAGGAUCGCCUAUUCCCAAUCAAGUAAGAAACUUUUUACUGAAUUGAACCCAGUCUUCGCAUCCAAGCAAUAAUCAGCUGGAUACCAAGGCACAAUAAUGGCUUAUUGGAAUUAAGAGGAUGACAAUCACCGAAGCAGUCCAAAAUGUGUGACUCAAAGCCACUUGUCAUUAUUUACUUGAGGUUGUGGCUGAAUUUAUACCCUUACUGGUACAACAAACCACUUUAUUCGAUAAUUCACUUGUGAUAUUUUUUGUUUUGUUUUGUUUUUUGUUUGCUUGUUUGUUUGUGUGUUGUUGUUGUUUUUUUUUGGCAUUAAUUACUAAGUUGCAAGAGUGUUGUGAAUCAGAUAAUUAACGUACUGUAGUCCUGAUAUACCUUAGCUAUAAUGACCCAUUCGCUCAGCGUUCUUCUUAAAAGAACAGACAACGCUUGGCAACCGAUAGCAGCAAUAACUCAGGGUGGCUUUGUUUGUUCUAUUUUGUUCUACCAUGUUACAAUGGGAAACAGAUUACAUAACAAUGAGGAGUAAACCACGAACAAUUGUCAAAUAGUCUUUAUUCUUUAGAGUGCAGCUAUUGUAAUUCUUGUCUUUUAUGAGGUUUUGAGUGGCUUAUCUUUUCAAAAUUGAAGAAAUAUUUUUUCUUUCAUAAGCAACUGUUGUUGGGCGUUGUUAUUUCUUCUUACACAUUGUAUUUUCCUUGCAGUGAGCAAGAAAGACGAAGCCAGUUCUGGCUUGGCGGAUAAGCAGUUAACUCUUAAUAAACCGAUCUUUAGAGUAAUAUUCGUACACCUAAGAAACAAUUUUUAGAAUUUAAACAUGUUCCUAAGUGGUUUAGCACGUUUGCAUAAUUUUUACUUUUUGCAGAAAUGAAAUGCAUUUUAUAACUUAAGUUAAGUCAUCAGUAACGUUAUUUCGAAGCAAUGAUAUAGAUAAAUGUUGGAUAAGAAGGAACAUUGUUUGUUAAAAGUGAGAAGUACUUUCCUUGAGUAGGAAUAACUUAAAACUAAUGAUUAGAAAUAAAAGGAAAAGAAAAAAAGGACGUGUUUGUCGAAGUAGCGAGAUAGAGUCGGGUCCUAGAUGGACAAACUGAACAAUUUGACUAUAAACCGCAACUAAAUCUACCGAGGUAGUAUCCAUAUACGAGGCAUCGUCUGAGAAACCUUUCUUGAGCAUACUGAGAUAUUUUCGUAGCCUGUGAGUAAGUAUUUUUCUAGGUUUAGAAUCUAAGGGCUUCUGUCGUAGUUUCGUUUCGCUCCUUAUGUUCUUUUUUUUUCAAGUAAACAUCAAAUUACAUCUUUUUGCCAAAUUUUAGCACACGAAAAUAAUUCAAGAUUAGUGUUUGUAGAGUAACCACUCAACUGUGCGGUCUGUGGUGAAGUUUGAGUUUUAACGAGCAAGCUACUGUAUGUUGCAUUCCACUUCAUUCAUAACUCUAGUUCUCGCAAAUCAUUGUCUUUUUCAUGUCUUAAACUUGAUGUUUUAUCUAGCGAUAUAAGUGUUUUAAAUCUUGUGGGUCGAUUAAAAUCUUACAUGGUUAAUUUUCAUUGGCAGUCCAGGCCACUAAAAUUGUGGUCGUAAAAAUUUUGAGAUAAAAGUAGCUUGAACUGAUGGUAUAAUGUUAAAGGAAUAAUGCCACAACAAGAUAAGGUCUAGUUUUAACGAUAGCAAUACAGAAAUAGCUUAUUGCAUUUUAAUAGGAUAUUUAUAGCAUUCAUUUAAUGAAUGUCGUAGGUAUUAUUUAUUCAACUAGUCGCUAGGUGGUAAUCAUAAUUUAGAAGGGAACACGACAUAAUUUUUUUUCAUGUACGUAACAGUUAGAUUAUGAAAGCUCUCCAUUUCUAAAGCGUGAUAGUUGAUGAAGGAGAGGUCCAAAUCCAUUAUCGUGCAUUGUAAACGAUAUUGUUUUGGUAUCAAUGUAGCAGUGGUUCAAACCUUGAGAACAAGUCAAGCUUAUGUUUUCAUUGUAAUUUGUUUGCAUUCGCGCACCAAAAGGCUUCGAACUGUA